AUGGCUAAGAUGCGGGAAGGGCCUAGCAAGAAUAUGGUCAAGCAGAAGGCUUUGAGAGUGCUAAAACAAAAACGGAUGUAUGAAAAUCAAAAGGGUCAACUUGAUCAGCAGGCUUUCAAUAUGGACCAGAGUAAUUUUGCUCUUCAAGGAAUGAAGGAUAAUCAGGUCACUCUUGCUGCUAUGCAAGCAGGAUUGAAAACUAUGCAGAAGGAGUAUAAGAAAGUUAAUAUCGAUAAGAUUGAAGAUCUUCAAGACCAAAUGGAAGACAUGUUGGAUUUGAACAAUGAGAUCCAGGAAGCCAUGAGUCGGCAGUACGAUACCCCAGAUAUUGAUGAGGCUGAUCUCGAAGCUGAGCUGGCAUUGCUUGGCGAUGAGCUUGAGGGCGAGACGGACACCACCUACUUAGACGAAGCGUUGAAUGCUCCAGGUGUUCCAACUGCGAGGCCGACAAGCUCUAAGGUUGCGGAAGGUUUGGAAGUGGACGAAUUUGGUCUUCCCAAAAUUCCAGCUUCGUAA